AUGCGUCUCCGCGAUGUCCUCAUAGUGUGUGUGGCUAUUAUUUUCUGCAUCUUUGGGUGGUCGCGGGAGGGCGGUCUCACCGUUCGGCGCAACUUCAAGAUUCCCAUCUCCGACGCGGAGAUCGCGCAGUAUGUGAUGACUAAGCCCGCGGUGUUGGACCUGGCGGGUGACGGCCGGCCGGUGCUCCUCGCAAGCACCACCUACGGCACCCUCGAGAUAUUCAAGACACACCUGGCGCGGGGGAACUCGGAGGACGUGUUUCUGACCGUCCGCCCCAGCCACUCGAAGAACGUGUACGCCCGCGUCGUCGCCAUUGCCGUUGGCAGGCUCAGCAGAACCGGCAAGGACCACGCGAUUGUUGUGGUGACGGACGACUUUCGACUGCGCCGGCUGUCUCCGCACGACCUGACGGAGAUUUGGGACGUCCCCCUCUCUGCCUCGUGGGUCGAGACGUACCACGCCUCGCUGAGCGUCGUCCCGGAGCGCAUUCACAAGCAGGACGAGGGCACCGUCCUCUUGGCGAUCCAGGUGGCCGGCCCGAAUGCGACGGAGCUGAUGAUGUACGCCGCCUUCAACGGCGCUGAUGGGCAGGUGCGCUGGCGCUACACCUCGGACGCCGAAAAUUCCAUCCAGGAGGUGCUUGGCGGCGCGUGCGAGGAUGGGGCCGAGUGCAUCCUGGCCGACAAUGCGACUUCCCUCCGGCGCAACUCCAUCGUCAAGAGCCAAGAGGCACGGAAUCAGUUUCGCGCGCAGGAAAAGCCGUGGACGUUUUACCGCGAGGCGACCAUUACACUUCUGCCGCACCACUAUUCCCAUCCCUGGGAUGAGCACAUCCACCCACACGUUUUCUUCCACGCCAAGAAUCGAAAGAAGCGCUCCUUCCGGGCAGGAAACAGGGUGGUGGUAAAGUACAAGGACCGGCUUAUUCGCAUGAACAAGGAGGACUACGGGGCUCUUGGGGAGAGGCUGGGUCGGAUGAACCUACAGGGUGUAACGGCGUCCCCUGUAAAUAAAAGCCGUCGUCGGCCUGCGAAUGCGAUGAUCUUUCACGGUAGGAAUAGUAUCGAAGUGAUUCAUCUGUACACGGGGAGUGUGAUUACAAGAUUGGCGCCACUAAAAUCUCCGGGGGUGUAUUACCACGACAUCAACGACGACUUUCAGGUGGACGCCGUCGGGACGCAGAUAGGACCACGCGUGGAGAUACAUUCCCGCCACGGCGUGGACUUGAUUAACGACUGCCUUGGCGUCAUCCACACAGGCAUCCCGGUGGCGGAGGAUCGUUUAUUCAACGCGACCAUCUGUGACACGGAGGGCUUUUUUGGUCGUCUGGACUUUAUUCACCACUUCAUCGACGGCGAUGUGCGGGGCGAGGAGGCUCCGCAGGCACUCAACAUCCUUGAGCUCAUUGGAAGUCGCAACGUUGUAUCGAAGAAUACCAGAAGCGUUACACCACUUGUGGUGCAGCUUCACACAAUGCGGGGUCGGGAUUUGUUUCAAGUGGAAAGGCAUGCUGUAUUCGUGAUUGACUCGGGCUUGGUCACCUGCGUGGACCCUUCGCGGCGUCGGGUGAUAUGGCGCUCGCAGACGGAUGCCGCUUUCUACGGUCUUCGCGAAGCAGCCGAGGCAGAUGCAGGCAUGGCAAGAUUGUCCGCAAAGGAACGCAUGCAUCGUGCCGUGACAUUUCCGCAUUUGGCGGCCUACAGUUUUUACCAGAGCCAGGACGACUCUGUUAUGAGUGUCAGCGGGUCCGAGCGGUAUCUGCACACGGAUCCAUUUGUUAUAGCAGUAGGGGAGCGCUACAUGAGUAUUCUAGGCACACGGAGCGGGCGUGUCCUGCGAACGAUAGAGCUGGAAUCUCCUCCCGUGGCCCCUGUCAUUGUGCGGGACUUUAACGGGGAUGGGAUAAACGACAUUAUAAUUGUGGCAAAGGAAGGGAUCUACGGCUUUGCCGUGGGCACGCAGACUUCGUCAGACACAAUCACGGCCCUGAUGCUUCUCAUGGUGGCGCUGCUGGCUGUGCUCUUUGUUGUGCGUGAGAUGAGCGUGGCGGACGAGAAAAACGCGGAAUUUCUUCCCACCAGCGUCCACGAUGUCUACCAACCCGCACAGAAAAUGUCGAGGCGUGCCACCGACUGA